UUUACGCCAGUGCUACCGGUGGGUCUUCGGCUCAGCAGAGCGACAGUGCUGUUGCUGAUCCACCACUAGGAAUUGCCGAGCAGCCGAUAAUCCUCCCUUUCCAUCGGGACGCUACGACAAGCCCCGCUAUCCAAGCACCAUGGCAGACAGAGAGAACUUAGUAUACCAGGCAAAACUCGCCGAACAAGCGGAGCGAUACGACGAAAUGGUGGAGUCGAUGAAGAAGGUGGCCAGUAUGGAUGUGGAGCUGACGGUGGAGGAGAGGAACCUGCUGUCAGUAGCGUAUAAGAACGUGAUCGGAGCCAGAAGAGCCUCGUGGAGGAUAAUCAGUAGCCUCGAACAGAAAGAAGAAAACAAAGGCGGCGAGGACAAACUAAAGAUGAUCCGUGAAUACAGGAAAACGGUUGAGAAAGAGCUGAAAUCAAUCUGCAAUGACAUUCUGGAUGUACUGGACAAGCACCUCAUCUUAGCUGCAACCACGGGAGAGUCUAAAGUUUUCUAUUACAAAAUGAAGGGAGAUUACCACAGGUACCUGGCAGAGUUCGCCACAGGCAAUGACAGGAAGGAGGCAGCCGAGAACAGCUUGGUAGCUUACAAAGCUGCAAGCGACAUCGCCAUGAUUGAACUCCCUCCAACACAUCCUAUUCGUCUGGGAUUGGCGCUUAACUUUUCUGUUUUCUAUUAUGAAAUCCUCAACUCGCCAGACCGUGCUUGCAGGUUGGCAAAGGAAGCAUUUGACAAUGCCAUUGCAGAACUGGAUACGCUGAGUGAGGAAAGCUAUAAGGACUCAACACUUAUCAUGCAGUUGCUACGUGACAACUUGACACUAUGGACCUCAGACGUUCAGGGAGACGCUGAAGAACAGAACAAAGAAGCACUGCAAGAUGCGGAGGAUGAAGCCCAGUGAGACUGAACAACACAUGACAAGCCCUCCUCUUCCUCCUCUACUCCUCCCAGCACUAGCUCCUGUCCCCAUCCUCACUUUCCAGCUGGGUUUCUUCUUUCAGCCCACUCUCGUUUCUCUACCUUCUCCGUUUCUACCUAUCUGUCCCACCUUCUCGUAUGCACGUCAUCUCCCUGUCCCCUCGGGGCCCAGUCGGGUCCUGAUUGGGUCCGUUUCCACUACCCAGGGGGGGUGGGGGGUUUACCUUUCUGACUCGUUCUGCAAGCCGGUACCUUUUUAAGGUUCAUGUCCUCUUUUACGGUUUUUAUUUUGCUUUACUUUGCUGUAUCACCUGUUGCCAAGUCCGCUUGCCUGUAUUUGUAACACAUAUAUGCAAGAUGUUUAUUUAAAGACGAUACUUUACUGGUUUUUCCUGUGUAUGUGUUUAUAAACGGCAUCUCGUCCAUGCUGUCGGUUUUCAAACACUUCGGUCGACACAUUUAGGGAAUAAAGCAGUGGUGGAAGGUUUAAUAGGGAUGCAUUAGAGGUUUUAGGAAGAACUAAGUGCCCUCUUCUUACUUUCUGGUUACGGACACCUCAAUUUUAGUGACAAACAUCAAAACGCCCCCCCUCCAAGCACCACUGACCUCUGCUCUCGUCCACCAUCGGAACAAGUGUUGUGCUGCAAGGCCGUAGCGACGUUAGCUAGCGGCAGAUAGUUGGGUAACGGUGUGUGUGUGUGUGUGUUUGGGUGUGUGUGUGUGGGAGGGGGAAGCUCAACACUUUGAUUGUAAUGCAGUUUUUGCAUCAGCACUAUACAAAACCAGUUUGGGAAAUGGAGGCCUGCUGUAUCUUUACUCCCCCGACUCUUUCAGGUUUCCUCGUGUCAUCUCUCUUUACUCUCGUUUCUUCUCUUCUGUUUGUGUAACGUGAAUCUGAUUUGUACUACUGGAUAUUCUCACCGGAGCCACAAGUACCAUCUGUAUUCUUACUGAAACACAGCAUGGAAUUAACAUUAAACUUCAAAAUGAAAAUGUU